AUGGCUGCCCAGCUCAUCGGCAUCGCUGUGCUCGUCACCCUCAAGGACACUCACCACACCGUCGUGCAAGGCCGAGUCGCCAAUGUCCUCGAGCGCUCUGCCACCCUCGUGCUGCAGGAUGUCUUGUUCCCAGCCACCGGCCACCGCCUGCCUGGCUACACCAUAGACGGCGCUCACAUCGCCGACAUCUCUGUCCAGCCGCAGCAGUCCACCCUCUCCACGCCCACCUACCCUCCGAGCCAUCCGCCCGCCUUUCCGCCUCACCCGCAGCCUAUAGUUCCCACCCCUGUCCAGUAUGCGGCUCCUCCUCCUCCCAGCGCACCGCCCAUCGAAGUCCCCGCCGUCGCGCAGCCCCUCCCGACACCCACAGUAGAGCCUCCGAGGCCAAAGCAGGCUUUCGUGGACCCCGCCAUCCUGAGCUUUGCAAAGAGGCCCGGUACUCAGGCCAGCCAGACUGCCGAGGUGUCCAUCACGCCGGUGAAACCCAUUGCGGCGGCGGCGGCUGCUGCUAAACAGGCUGGAAAACCCUCUCCCUUCGUUGGAGCGGCUGCGAAAAAGGUGACGGUUGUUGGUGGCAAAAACGCGAAGCCCAAGGAGAAUCCAGCUACGCUGACGGGUCCGUUCAACGCGCUGGGUCUGGACGCCGGCGAGGAGGAUGGAGAAGAAUCGGACGAUCCGACCAUCAACGAGGAGCGCGUUCGGAGGGUAAGCAUCAGUACGACGCGUACGGGCAAGCCGUUGGAGACCCCGGCGGCCAAAGCGGCCGAGGCUGGGAAGAGGGCAAAGAAGGGUACGAGAGGCAAGAAGCAGAAGAAGGACCAGGCCCUUCCGCCCGCUGGCGAAGAUAACGCGCCAGAUUCGUCCCCCGAGGCUCCGCGCACGACGCCGGCGAAAUUCAAGGGCAAGGGAUGGAGGCAAACGCCCAUGUUGCAAGAUCCGCCGACCGCGCGGACGCCGGGCUUGAUCGGCGGCAAGGUUGGCAUGGAGGCGGUCAGGCUAUCGAACCGUAAGACGAGAAGGCAGAAGGCCAUGGACGCUACCAACGGGUGGGCAACCGAGGACGCAACCGAUGUCCAGGAGCUUCCCGAAUUCGACUUCGCUGAGAACCUAUCGAAGUUCGACAAGCGCACCGUGUUUGAGCAGAUUCGGAAUGAAGACACGACGGCCGACGAGGACCGCCUGGUCAGCUUCAAUCGUCUACCUCCUCGCGCCGGCACAGCCGGCGGGAAGAACCUCCAUCCGACUGAGAAUGUUCUUGAGCACAGGCGGCCAAACCUAAGGAGUACCUCGAAUUCCUCGAGUGAAGACGAGUUCUCGGACUUCGACAGCGGGCGGAACUCCCGGCGAAACAUGUCUCGAGCUUCGAACAGACGUGCGCCCUUCAGGUCAAACAGCGUCCUGCAGGAUGACAUCCACAACGCGUCAACGGCUAGCUUGAACAAGUCAGUCCGCAACCAACAGCAUCGCGGUUCGACCGUUGUGUAUUCCUCCACGAAUUCCCCCGUUCCGGGACGUCCUACCCCGCCCUCCUCCCCUUCUGUAAACCUCCUCCCUCAACAACCCCAUGCCAGCUUCCGCGUAUCUCAAUCAGGCACGACGUGUCACACGAUCACACCCGGGACGAUGACUGCGGUCGAGGAACUCGCAGAGGUGGAGUUUGGUCUGACAGAGGAACUCAUGGCCGAGAACGCCGCGCGCGGCAUCGCCCAAGUCGCCCUGCAGGCCGUCAACCCGGGCGGACGCCGCCUCGCGCGCGAGAACCUCGCCGUCAACGCGCGCCCGGUCGUCGUCGUCCUGGCGGGCAACCACCGCACGGGGGCGCGCGCCAUCGCGGCGGCGCGGCACCUCCACGCGCGCGGCCCGCGCGUCGUGGUCGCGCUGCUCGGCUACGAGCGGCCGACGGACUACGACAAGGACGUGCGGCGGCAGCUGGAGCUGCUCAAGCGGCUCGGCGGCUACGCGCGCAGCUGGGCGGACGUGCAGCGCGGGCUCAAGCGGCUCGAGGCGCCGCCGGAGCUCAUCGUCGACGCGCUGCUGGGCCGCAACCGCGAGUUCGACGCGCUCGGCCGCGAGGACCGCGCCUCGGCCAUGGCCAUGGUCGGCUGGGCCAACAAGAGCCGCGCGCAGGUGCUCGCCGUCGAGGGCCCCUCGGGCGUCGGCGCGUCGACGGGCGAGGUCAGCAUCAUCGAGGGCGAGCCGCUCGAGGUGCGCGCCAGGUACGUCGUCUGCCUGGGCGCGCCGCGGUCCGGCCUGUUCAGGGCGCUGCAGAUGGGUCACGUCCGCGAUCCGGACUGGCUGAUUUGGGUGGUGGAUCUGGGGUUGAACAAGGCGUGGAAGCGGGUCGGGGGUUUGGGGAGGAAGGGCGUGAGGUUUGGGAGCGAGUGGGCGGUGCAGAUCAGGUUCGAUGCUGCCGGUGGCGGGGAGGUGGACGCUGAGGAGAAGUGA